AUGCCCUUUUCACAGGGGAAACCACCAGGAAAACGGAAAGCCGCCCGAGACCGCCCGUUUUUUGGCCUGCCAAGGCCCGCGGUGCAUCGUUGCUCGCGGCCCACGCGCCCAGACAAAGCUCGCAAGGUGGGAUACAAGGCGAAGCAGGGCUACUGCGUCUACCGCGUGCGCGUGAAGAGGGGUGACCGCAAGAAACGCGUGGCCAAGGGCAUCGUGUAUGGCAAGCCGGUGAACCAGGGCAUCAACAAGUGGAAGGCCGUGCGGAACCUCCGCAGCAUCGCGGAGGACGGGUGGGGGUAA